UCGAGGGGAUGUCCACUCCCAGACGUUGUCGCGGCAAUACAGAGCGCGCCAAAUUCUAGCGAAGAACAACACAGGCAUGUGUCAAACUGUGUUCUAGGCUAGCAAGUUGAGAUAAAUGGCUGGUUCUAUUUAGAAUAGAAUGUACAUGGAGGUAUGCCCGUUUUUUUAAAAACAUAGAAAUUGUGCGGGACAAAUAACUUUAGUCCAGUGUUAGCCUGCUAGCCCCAACUUUACCUAGUAGCUUGCGGGCUUACGAAUUUGGGAUUUGCAUAUCUCGCUUGCUACAGUAACUUUAAUUGAUUCUAUCGAAUGUUAGUUGUGAAUUUUUUAUAGCCCGGUUACCUGCAAAAUCCGGGACAAGAUGGUUUUACAAAACAGUGGAAGGUACAAGUCAGAGCGCGGACAAGGGGGUGAACAUGACAAUCAACAGGAUGACCGGUCGUCCAUGUCAGCUGCUAACCGCCUUGAGCGCAGCCAGUUCACCGACGAGAUGGACGCUCGUUUUGGCUUCGAGAGGAUGAAGGACCCCGGAGAGAAGACGGGUUGGCUCAUCAACAUGCACCCUACAGAAAUCCUGGAUGAUGACAAACGGCUGAUCAGCGCUGUGGACUAUUAUUUAAUCCAGGAAGAUGGAAACAGAUUUAAGGUGGCCCUCCCCUUUAAGCCUUAUUUCUACAUAGCCACUAAAAAGAACUGUGAGAGGGAAGUCAUCUCAUUCUUGUCCAAGAAGUUCCAGGGGAAGGUGUCGAAGCUUGAGAUGCUCCCUAAGGAGGAUCUGGAUCUGCCCAAUCACCUGGUUGGACUGAAAAGGAACUACAUUAAGCUGUCAUUCAACACUGUGGAUGACCUCAUGAAAGUCAAACGGGAGAUCUCUCCGGCAGUGCGCAAGAAUCGGGAGAGGGAGAAGUCGAAUGACAUCUAUACCUCAAUGUUGUCAAGUGCAUUGGCAGGUGGGAGUGUCUCUGCCGUGGACGAGGACGGGUUGUCCAAGAAAAUCUCUGACCAGAUGGACAACAUAGUGGACAUGAGAGAGUACGACGUGCCUUACCACGUACGCCUGUCCAUCGACCUAAAGAUCCACGUGGCUCACUGGUACAACGUUCGUUAUAGGGGAAGUGCCUAUCCACCAGAGAUCACACUAAGAAGCGACCUUGUGGAACGACCAGACCCUGUGGUGCUGGCCUUUGACAUAGAGACCACCAAGCUUCCCCUGAAAUUCCCUGAUGCCGAGACGGACCAGAUCAUGAUGAUCUCCUACAUGAUCGAUGGACAGGGCUACCUGAUCACAAACCGGGAGAUUGUCGCUGAGGACAUCGAGGACUUUGAGUUCACUCCAAAGCCGGAGUACGAAGGGCCAUUCACUGUGUUCAACGAGCCCGACGAGGCAGGCCUAAUUCAGCGAUGGUUCGAGCACGUCCAAGAAACCAAGCCGGAAAUCUUUGUCACCUACAACGGAGACUUUUUUGAUUGGCCCUUUGUGGAGACCAGGGCUGCUCACCAUGGCCUGAACAUGUACAAAGAGAUUGGCUUCCAGAAAGACAACCAAGGAGAGUACAAGGCUAGCCAGGCCAUCCACAUGGAUUCCUUCAGGUGGGUGAAGCGUGACAGCUACCUGCCAGUGGGCAGUCACAACCUAAAAGCGGCUGCGAAGGCCAAGCUGGGGUAUGACCCCGUGGAGCUGGACCCUGAGGAGAUGUGCCGCAUGGCCACGGAGGAGCCGCAGACUCUGGCCACUUACUCUGUGUCGGAUGCCGUGGCCACGUAUUACCUGUACAUGAAAUACGUCCACCCCUUCAUCUUUGCUCUCUGCACAAUCAUCCCCAUGGAGCCGGAUGAGGUUCUACGGAAAGGCUCCGGGACGCUGUGUGAGGCACUGCUGAUGGUGCAGGCCUACCACGCCAACAUCGUCUUCCCCAACAAACAGGAGCAGGUGUUCAACAAGCUCACGGACGACGGUCAUGUCAUGGACUCUGAGACCUACGUGGGGGGUCACGUGGAGGCCCUGGAGUCCGGCGUGUUUCGCAGUGACAUUCCCUGCCGCUUCAAAAUGAACCCGGCAGCAUUUGACUUUCUUCUUCAGCGGGUGGAGCAAACGCUGCGUCAUGCCAUUGAGGAGGAAGAGAAGAUUCCCCUGGAGCAGGUCACCAACUUCAAUGAGGUGUGCGAAGAGAUCAAGAAAAAGCUUCUCUGCCUGAAGGAGGUCCCCAACAGGAUCGAGUGUCCCCUCAUCUACCAUCUGGAUGUCGGGGCCAUGUACCCCAACAUCAUCCUCACCAACCGCUUGCAGCCUUCUGCUAUGGUGGACGAGGCCACGUGUGCUGCCUGCGACUUCAACAAGCCGGGGGCCAACUGUCAGAGGAAGAUGAGUUGGCAGUGGAGGGGGGAGAUUAUGCCGGCCAGCCGCAGUGAGUUCCACCGCAUCCAGCAGCAGCUGGAAUCCGAGAAGUUCCCUCCGUUUUUCCCCAACGGCAGACCGCGGGCCUUCCAUGAGCUUAACAGGGAAGAGCAGGCCCGCCAUGAGAAGAAGCGCCUAGGCGACUACUGCCGGAGGGCCUAUAAGAAGGUUCACCACACCCGGCUGGAGGAGCGGGUCACCACCAUCUGCCAGAGGGAGAACUCCUUCUACGUGGACACGGUGCGAGCCUUCAGGGACCGCCGCUACGAGUUCAAGGGGCUGCACAAGGUGUGGAAGAAGAAGCUGUCGGCCGCGCAGGACAGCGGUGACGCCGCCCUGGUGAAGCGCUGUAAGAACAUGGAGAUCCUCUACGACUCUCUCCAGCUGGCCCACAAGUGCAUUCUCAACUCCUUCUACGGUUACGUCAUGAGGAAAGGGGCGCGCUGGUACUCCAUGGAGAUGGCCGGCAUUGUGUGUUACACUGGAGCCAACAUCAUCACCCAGGCCAGAGAGCUUGUUGAGCAGAUCGGGAGGCCUCUGGAGCUGGACACGGACGGCAUCUGGUGUGUCCUACCCAACACCUUCCCGGAGAACUUUGUGGUGAAGACGAGCAACGAGAAGAAGCCCAAGGUGACCAUUUCCUACCCGGGCGCCAUGCUUAACAUCAUGGUAAAGGAGGGCUUCACCAAUGACCAGUACCAGGAGCUGGUAGACCCCGCCUCCCUGACCUACGAGACGCGGGCGGAGAACAGCAUCUUCUUUGAGGUGGAUGGGCCCUACCUGGCCAUGAUUCUACCAGCUUCCAAGGAGGAGGGGAAGAAGCUGAAGAAAAGGUACGCCGUGUUCAACGAAGACGGCUCUCUGGCCGAGCUGAAGGGCUUCGAGGUGAAGAGGAGAGGAGAGCUGCAGCUCAUCAAGAUCUUCCAGUCGUCCGUGUUUGAGGCGUUCCUCAAAGGCACCACCCUGGACGAGGUCUACGCCUCGGUGGCUAAGGUGGCGGACUACUGGCUCGACGUGCUCUACAGCAAGGCCGCCAACAUGCCGGACGCGGAGCUGUUCGAGCUCAUCUCGGAGAACCGCUCCAUGUCGAGGAAACUGGAGGACUACGGCGAGCAGAAGUCCACGUCCAUCAGCACUGCCAAGCGUUUGGCGGAGUUCCUUGGGGACCAGAUGGUGAAGGAUGCGGGGUUGAGCUGUCGCUACGUCAUCUCCCGCAAGCCUGAGGGCUCGCCCGUCACAGAGAGGGCCGUUCCGCUGGCCAUCUUCCAGGCGGAGUCCAGCGUUAAGAAGCACUUCUUGCGGAAGUGGCUGAAGACGCCCAGCCUCCACGACCUGGACAUCCGCUCCAUCCUCGAUUGGAGCUACUACAUUGAGAGGUUGGGCAGUGCCAUCCAGAAGAUCAUCACCAUCCCUGCCGCCCUGCAGCAGGUGAAGAACCCUGUGCCCAGAGUUCGCCACCCAGACUGGCUCCAUAAGAAGCUGCUGGAGAAGAAUGACAUCUACAAGCAGAAGAAAAUCAGUGAGCUUUUCACCAGCGAGGGCAAGAGACAGGUGGCCCCUCAGGUCCCGGGGCCGGGACAGGCAGCUGACAUAGAGGACUUUGGGAUGCCGGCCAGACCGCUCCAACCAGCUAUCCUGAUCAGCACCAAGCGCAAGCGGGCGUCCCAGGGCGAGGACAGCCAGGCCGUUGUGUCCCAGGAGAUGGAGCUCACCCAGUCCUGGAGGGAGAUCCUGGGUCCUCCGCCGCCCACAGGGGAGACGCAGGAGGAGCGGCUGGUGUGGCUGCGCUACCACAAGAAGAAAUGGGAGCUGCAGCUGAGGCAGAGAAAGGAGCGGCGUAAGCGGCGGCGCCUGUUGGACGGCGAGGCCCAGCCCGUGGGGGGAGGGGUGAUCCGGGACGCGGGCCCCGCCACGGGCCUGGGGAGCUUCCUCCGCCGCACGGCCCGGAGCGUCAUGGACAUGCCCUGGCAGAUAGUGCAGAUUGCUGAGACCAGUCACCCUGGCCAGUAUAAGCUCUGGGCUGUGAUUGGCAGUGACCUGCACUGCAUGAAGCUCAUCAUCCCACGGGUGUUCUACGUUAACCAGAAGGUCCCUAAGCAGGAGGAGGGAGCCUCCUACAAGAAGGUGAACCGUCUUCUGCCUCGCUCCAACAUAGUGUACUUCCUCUACCAGUACUCCGUCCCAGAGGACAUGUACCAGGAGCACAUCAACGAGAUCAACGCCGACCUCUCGGCCCCUGACAUCGAAGGGGUCUAUGAGACCCAGGUUCCUCUGCUGUUCCGGGCCCUGGUGCAGCUGGGCUGUGUGUGCAUGGUCAACAAGCAGGUGGUCCGGGCCCUGGGGGGCCGGGAGGCCGAGGCGUACGACCUGGAGCACCUGGAGAUGCGAUCUCUGGCCCAGUUCAGCUACCUAGAACCAGGGAGUGUCCGACACAUCUACCUGUACCACCACACCCAGGGCCACAAAGCCCUGUUCGGGCUGUUCAUCCCCUCACAGCGCAAGGCCAGCAUCUUUGUUCUGGACACGGUUCGCAGUAACCAGAUGCCUAACCUGAGCACACUGUAUGGGGCAGAACGUACAGCGCUGCUGGAGAAGACCAGCGAGGAGCUCCUGCCUCCCGAAAAACACACCUUUGAGGUGCGGGCCGAGAAUGACAUCAAGGCCAUCCACCGGGCUCUGCAGCGCAUACUCCUCAACUACAAGGAGGAGCGUCGCGGCCCCACCCUGAUCGCCGUUCAGUCCAACUGGGAGCUGCGGCGCCUGGCAGUGGGCAUGCCCCUCCUGGAGGAGUUCCCCGUAGUGCCGGUGCACGUUGUGGACGAGAUCAGCUACAACGUUCUGGACUGGCAACGCCACGGGGCCCGCCGAAUGAUCCGACACUACCUCAACCUGGACAGCUGCCUGUCACAGGCCUUCGACAUGGCCAGGUACUAUCACCUGCCGGUAGGAAACCUUCCCCUUGACGUGUCCAUCUUCGGCUCGGACCUGUUCUUGGCCAGGCAUCUGAGGAAGCACAACCACCUGCUGUGGCUGUCCCCCACGGCCAGACCUGACCUGGGGGGCAAGGAGGCGGACGACAGCCGGCUGGUGAUGGAGGCCGAUGACAGGGGCUCUAUGGAGAUCAACGCUCAGGGCUGCUACUCCACUGUGUGUGUGGAGCUGGACCUGCAGAGUUUGGCCGUGAACACCAUUCUGCAAUCGCAGCACGUCAACGACAUGGAGGGAGGAGCCAGCCUGGGCGUCAGCUUCGACGUCAUCCAGCAGGCCUCGCUGGAGGACAUGAUGUCCGGGAACCAGGGCGCUAGCUCGGUGGCCAGCUACGACGAGACCGCCCUCUGCUCCAACACAUUCAGGAUCCUGAAGAGCAUGGUGGUGGGCUGGGUGCGGGAGAUCACGCAGUACCACAACGUCUACGCUGACAACCAGGUGAUGCACUUCUACCGCUGGCUGCGUUCGCCCAGCUCCCUGCUCUACGACCCGGCGCUGCAUCGCACCCUGCACAGCAUGAUGAAGAAGGUCUUCCUCCAACUGGUGGCAGAGUUCAAGCGUCUCGGCUCCACCGUGGUGUACGGGAAUUUCAACCGGAUCCUUCUGUGUACGAAGAAGAGGAGGAUAGAUGACGCCAUUGGCUACGUGGAGUACAUCACCAACAGUAUUCACUCCAGGGAAAUCUUCCAUUCCCUCUCCAUCUCCUUCUCCCGCUGCUGGGAGUUCCUAAUGUGGAUGGAUCCGUCCAACCACGGAGGAGUGAAGGGCAGGUUGCCAUCCAGUGUCCUGUAUGGAGAGAACGAGACGGCUCAGAAAAAGAAGGGUACUGGGGAUGAAGAGGGCAGCGAGGACGAGGACGAAGCUGACGGUGGAGGUGAGGAUGAUGGAGCUGAAGAGGUGGAUGAGGUGGAGGAGCUGAUCGAGAGCAACUGGAACAUCAUGCAAUAUCUACCCCAGACCGCCUCCUGUCAGAAAUACUUCCUCAUGAUCAUCUCCGCCUACAUCGCUGCUGUCUACCACAGCAUGCGAGAAGAACUGAGACGCAAUGCCCCGGGAGCCACGCCCAUUAAGAGGCGCGGUGGGAGCCAGGCUUCCCAGCAGGCAGUGGGAGACUCCGGCGCUCUUCCCGGGAUGAUCUCCUUUUCCCAGGAGUAUGUGUCCAGCGAGCUGACCCAGAACUUCUUCACCAUCACCCAGAAGAUCCAAAAGAAGGUGACAGGCAGCCGGAGUGUGACCCAGCCCUCUGAGAUGUUCCCUGUUCUGCCCGGUUCCCACCUGCCACUCAGCAACCCUGCCCUGGAGUUCAUCAAAUACGUCUGCCAGGUCCUUUCCCUGGACAGCAACAUAGUGAACCAGGUGAACAAGCUGAAGAGGGACCUGCUGAGACUAGUGGACGUGGGGGAGUUCUCUGAGGACGCCCAGUUCCGUGACCCCUGCAACUCCUACAUACUACCUGAGGUCAUCUGCCAUCACUGCAACUUUUGCCGCGACCUUGACCUUUGCAAGGAUCCCUCUGUGGCACAAGACGGCUCGGUUCUGCCUCAGUGGUUCUGCUCCAACUGCCAGGCCCAGUAUGAGACGGAGUCCAUUGAGAUGGCCCUGGUGGAGGCCCUGCAGAAAAAACUCAUGAGCUACACUCUGCAGGACUUGGCCUGUUCCAAGUGUAAAGGGGUGAAGGAGGCCAACAUGCCUCUCUACUGCACCUGCGCUGGUGAUUUUGAGCUCACCUUUCCCACAAAGACGUUAGCAGAGCAGGUCACAGUGUUCCGGAACAUCGCCGCCCACUACAACAUGAACUUCCUGGAAGAGACCAUUGACUGGCUGCUGGUCAUGAGCCCACAGAUAAGCCAGGCAGCCAGACACUGACCGGACAGACCACAGUCAAGAAUCGACGAGAUACCUGGCUUUGGUGCCCUUAUCCACUGAUCAUAUCAGUCGACAGUGAUGGAUUCUGUGGGGACCACCAGAGCAAAACGUUUUGCAAUCGAGGAAAAAAGGUUUUGUUGGACUUUCACUGUUGUUUUUUUUAAGGUUUUCUUUAUGGAUUUUGAAUGGAACCUAGACAUCCCCCGUGGUGGGAGGGUCACUGCUGGCUGUUUUCAGAUGUAGCAUCGGUUGAAUGGGCGUAUUACUAACUAACUAACAGACCGGCAUGGAUGUGAAAUGGUCACUCAUCUUUGUUGUUUUGCUUUUCUGUACUAUAGCUGUAAAAAGUGGCUCGCCCACCCAUGUCCUGUAACCAUUAAUGAGUUCAUGAAUGUCAAUCAGAUUCCAUUCUAUUUAAGUAUCUGGCCCAAAUGUACAGGUAUGGUGUGUUAUGACAUUGGAAUGCUUGUUAAUGACCGAGAAUACACAGCUAACUGUCAGAUCUAUUCAUGUCUUAAUGUUUCUGUCAAUAAAUAUAGUUUUGUAAAUGA